CUAAUUAAACAGGAAAACAAAAAAAGUCAAGAAAACAAAACAGAAACAGGAGACAGAUUCCAAGUGAAGAGAACUAAUGGCUACACUGAGAGUACCAGAUAUUGUUCCAUCUCCUGCUGAAGACUGUAAAACACUGAAGAAAGCCUUCCAAGGAUGGGGGACUGAUGAGAAGGCAAUAAUAAAGGUGUUGGGACGCAGAAAUGCAAGCCAAAGGAAGAACAUCAGAGAAACAUUUCAGCAGCUUUACAACAAGUCCCUAAUUGAUGAGCUCGUUUCUGAAUUGUCUGGUGAUUUCAGGAACGCUGUGAUCUUGUGGACAUAUGAUCCACCUGAAAGAGAUGCAAGGCUUGUAAAUGAAGCUCUGAAAUCAAGGAAGAAAGGAAUCAGGGAAUUCCAAGUAAUUGUUGAGAUUGCAUGUGCAUCAUUUCCUCAUCAUCUCGUUGCUGUAAGGAAGGCUCAUUUCUCACUUUUUGACUGUUCACUUGAAGAGGACAUCAGUUCAAAUGUUUCUCUGCCAAUACAAAAGGAGUGA